UCUGAGGAGAAGAGGAGAUGAAGAAGUGGACAUUGGCAGCGCAGUAUUGACGUGUACUUCCUGUGAUGUCAGCGCGGACUGGGCGUCGCUGCAGGAGCUGAAGGAGUUUGUUCCCGACGUCGAGAAGAAAUCAGCUGAUGAGAUCAACAAACUACUGAAAUACGACCUGCAGCGCUUCAAAUACUUCAAACAACAAGGUGUGCCUCUGCGACGGGGGCGGUGCUCUGAGGCGGAGAAUCAGCGAAUCAGAGAGAAUGUGGCGGACUUCCUGGCUCUGACGGGCAUCAGCUCCGCCCAUCAGCUUCUGUUUCCUCAGAGGUACAAAGACCAGGAGGCGGAGAUUCGGAAGCUCAGGGUUCAACAUCACUUCCUGGAGAGGAUCGCUGAGGGGGUCCCUCGAACGUGUCGUCAGGUUAACACGAGAGCCAAAAAGAUUUUUGAUGACAGGAACCACAUGGGAAGACUUAGACAGUUCAUACAGUCAGACAUCAGAGACACAGAGUCCACCACAACAGAGGACAGCAGAGACACAGA